AUGGACGAGUACGAGCAGGUGCUGGACGACGCGGAUGGCACAGAUGGUCUCACCGUCUUGAUGGUUGGCGUCACCUACUGCAAGCCGUGCAAGGCGUUUUCCAAAAAGUAUCAGGAUUUCGCCGACCGCUUCAACGGCGCGCGAUUCAUCAAGGUGUUUGGAAACGAGAACAAGGACAUGACGGUGCUGUGCAGGGACGAACUGAAGGUCAAGUCGACUCCCACCUUCUACUUCUUCCGCAACAAGGAGCAGGUGCACAUGCACACCGGCGCCAACGCGGGCAAGUUUGAGAAGUUUAUUCUCGCGAACGUCAGGGAGGGCGAGCCGGGCUACGGCUCGGAGAGGCAGUUCGAGGAUCCCGUCGAAGAUCCGAAGAAGGGGGAGAAGAGCGCGUCGCCGGCGAGGUAG